AUGUCGUCCGAACUCAAGUCAGGUCCUCUUCCAGCUGACAUCGAGGAUGUCGUUGCGAGCAUCAUGCGUGAGGAGGGUGUUAACUUCCUCACGAACAAGAUUCUGCGCCUGCGCCUGGAGGCGCGGUACCGCAUUGAGUUCACAUCACACAAGGCUGCUCUAGAUCAAAUAACCUCCAAGCUUAUGCAGCUCCCCGAGUUCAAGAAGCAACUGGAGAAUGCCUUAAAGGAGAAGAAGGCGGCAAGCGCCAUUGGCGGCAAGGGCAAGAAGCGCAGCAGCAGCCCCAAGGCCGACGCCAAGGACGCAAAGCGUGCUAAGAAGGAAAAAAAGCCAGACGACUACCCGAAGGCAGCGCUCUCCGCCUACAUUCUCUUCGGUAACGACCACCGCGACAAGAUCAAGGCUGAGAGCCCCGACAUGAAGAACACCGAAAUCCUGCAGAGACUGGGCAAGAUGUGGGCCGACGCGUCGGAGGCUGUGAAGGAGAAGUACAAGAAGAUGGCCGACAACGACAAGAAGCGCUUCGAACAGGAGCUCAGUGAGUACAAGAAGUGCGGCGGCGAGGUGUACAAGCGCGGUGGCGGCAAGGUCAAGACGAAGGACGAGAACGCGCCGAAGCGGCCCAUGUCUGCGUACAUUUUCUUUGCGAAUGAUUUCCGCAAGAAGAACCCCAACCUCGGUGUCGCGGAGACGGCGAAGGGGGCUGGCGCUGCGUGGAAGAAUCUCUCGGAAGACGCACGAAAGCCGUUCAAUGCCAUGGCAGAGAAGGACAAGGAGCGCUACCAACGCGAGAUGGCGGCGAGGGCUAACUAA